AUGAGUGAUAUUGAGAAGGGCAAAAAAAUUUUUGUCCAGAAGUGUAGCCAGUUCUAUACAGUGGAGAAAGGAGGCAAGCACAAGACUGGGCUGAAUCUCUAUGGUCAGGGACCUGGGUUCUCUUAUACUGAUGCUAACAAGAACAAAGGCAUCACCUGGGGAGAGGACACGCUGAUGGAGUAUUUGGAGAACCCCAAGAAGUACAUCCCUGGAAUAAAAAUGAUCUUCAUUGACAUUAAGAAGGAGACCGAGAGGACAGAAUUAAUAGCUUACCUCAAAAAAGCUACUAAUGAGUAAUAGUUGGCACCGCCUUAUUUAUUACAAAAAUGUCUCAUGACUUUUUUAUGUGUACCAUAUUUAAUUCCAUCUCAUUCAUCAGAAUUCAGAUCAUGAGUGGUUGGUGUAGCAUAUUUUUUUGUUGGACUGCCCUGAUUUAGAUAAGAUUGGCUUAUGUUUAAAUGA